AUGAACCUGUCAGAGUUUAAUCAGUCUGAUCGCUGUAAGAAUUUCUCCUGUCCACUGAGAUCUGUAUCUCCUGCAGUUUAUAUCUUACUAUACGUGUGUUCAGCUGCUGUGAUUCUGCUAACAGUGUGUGGAAAUCUGUUCAUCAUCAUUUCUGUUUUUCAUUUCAAGCAGCUUCACACACCAACAAACAUGCUUGUGCUCUCUUUGGCUAUGUCAGAUUUCUUUGUUGGCAUUUCUGCAAUGCCACUAAUGUUAAUCUGGACUAUUGAGUCAUGCUGGAUUUUUGGUAGAGUUUUCUGUGGCACCUACUGGCUGAUUAGCUGUCUUCUAGUAAUAUCUACCUACACGAUUGCUCAGAUUGCUGUGGAUCGGUAUAUAGCGCUCUCAAACCCCUUUCUCUACAUGAACAUUGUCUCUGUGAGAAUCACUUGUACUGUUAUUUUUGUUAACUGGUGUGCAGUGCUGGUCUAUACCAUAGCAAUCUUAUAUUUUAAUGGAAACUUUAAAAAGUCCGUAAUGUGUCCUGGAGAGUGUUUUGUUUAUGUAAAUGAGGUUUGGUCUGUAAUUGAUAUUGUAGCUUCCUUUAUUUUUCCACUUUCUGUCAUAAUCAUAUUGUAUAUUCGAGUUUUUGUAAUUGCUAAGAAACAUGCCACUGCUAUCAGAGAGCUUAAUAAUCACACACGGCCUAAAACACAGAAAAUCACCUCACACUCAAUGAAAUCUGAGAGAAAAGCAGCUAAAGUCCUCGGCAUUUUAGUGUCUAUAUUUCUUGUAUGUUUACUUCCAUAUUUUAUUUACAGUUUAUUAGGCAAUGUUAUUGAAAUACAGACAACAACAUUUCAGGAAGUCUCAAUCUUGUUUUUUCUUAAUUCCACUAUUAAUCCAUUUAUUUAUGCUCUGUUUUACCCAUGGUUUAGGAAGUGUAUUACAAUAAUCAUAACUCUGCAAAUAUUUCAAAUAGACUCUGCAUUAAUUAAUGUUCUUUCAUAA